AUGCGCUUUAACGCACUCUACCUCCCUGCGCUUGUGGCUAUACAGUCCCUCAUCACCGCGGCAUCACCUUUGGAAAGUGGUCAAGGGUGUGCCGUACUUACUCCAGGACAAUAUACAAUUUCGCUGGCCGAGACGGGGUGGAAAUUACGUCCCUUUCACCGUUCACACUCUCCUCCUGCGAUAACCAAUCUGGAGGAGGAACCCGUAGGACUGUCGGGUGUUUGGUCUAUCACCCCCGCGCCGCAAUCUGCGUAUUAUAUCACCAAUGCUGCCGACAACGCACCGGUACUUACACUUGUCUUUGGGGGUGUUCUCCAGCCUUACACUUCCUGGGGUGAAUCCCCCGUUGCCUUUGCAAUUCAAUGCGCAGGCGGAGGAACAUAUAUCAUCAAGAAUCCAGUCGCGGAUGAAGUGUGGACGGCAGAGCCAGGGGCAUGGGUUAAGAUUUUUGGUGCUAAUGGAGAUAUCAGCCAGCGCUUCGUGUUUACGGCUGUCUAG